GGCGGAAAAGCGGGGAGUCCGAGCGCCGCGCGUCCGUGCCGCCGGCGGACGGGGCGGCUGCUGGCCUCCGGGGCCGGGCCUCCUCCGAGCUGCGCGCCAUGGCGUCGGAGGGGCCUCGGGAGCCCGUGGGCGAGGGCAUCAAGUUGUCAGCAGAUGUGAAACCGUUUGUCCCCAAAUUUGCUGGGCUCAGCGUGGCAUGGUCAGAGCCUUCCGAAGCUCGUGUGUUCCCUGGCUGUGCGGCCGCCUACUACCCGUGUGUUCAGGAGCUCCCGGUGCCUGAGCAGAAGCUGUAUCCUGAAGAUGGGGCCUUUGGAGCUUCCACUUUUCCUCCUCAGUAUCUGUCUUCGGAGCUCGCUCUUCAUCUGGGCAGCCUCUCUCCCUGCCCCACCGAGUGUUCACAGAGCGUCUGCCCGGUGCCCGGCUCACCCUAUGCUUACGGCCACCCUGGCGCCUACCGAGCUUUCCAGACCAUGAAGCCGCGAGCCGAGCAGAUGUACCCUCUCCCACAAGACCCGAGAGCCCCGUUCAAGAAAAAAACGUUUGAGGAGCAAAAGUUUGACAGCAAGAAGGCGGACGGCUCUCUGUCAUCUGAUACAAAAUCAGUUAGAGGUUCACAUCCUGUGUCCAUUCACGCGGAUGCGACCUUGAAACCAGACAGUCACCGGAAACGAACAGACAGGAAAUCCAGAAUCGUUGAGAAAAGUGUGUCUGCCUCCAAACCCGGGUUUGAGUUUACCAGGUUGGACUUUCCUGAACUGCAGGGUGCAGAGACCAGUGAGAUCGCAGAGACACAGAAGCAGCCCAAGUGGGGCCCUCUGUGCCCCGCCUCAGCCGACCUUUCUCUUCUCCGAGAGGUGGUGAGGCCUGCCGAGGGUGAAGGGGCGGUGAGAAGCACGGGCGCAGCUGAGUCCAUGACCAGCCGCGCUGUGGCCCGGCCCUCUUCCUGCACCAGAGAGCUCUCUUGGACACCAAUGGGUUAUGUUGUUCGGCAGACGCUCUCUGCAGAACCGUCUGCAGCCCCUAAAAACGUUGCUUCCACGGUAAACCUGGAGACGGUCGCUUCGUCAGCAGACCCUCAGAGCGUCAGUAUGUCACGUCCUGAAGUUUUAUCUUCGGAUCCUUCCUGCAGAGAGAAACACGUCCACUCCGCUAAGAAGUCCAGAGCAUCCCAUGGUGGCGAUCCUGACCAGAAUGAAGCCUCCAGAAAGCACAAGAAAAAGAAAGAGAAGUCUAAAUCAGAGUACGAAGUCCUGACGACGGUUCAGGAGCCGCCAAAGAUUGAAGAUGCCGAGGAGUUCCCCAAUCUGGCUGUUGCAUCUGAAAGAAGAGAGAGAGUAGCGUCUCCGAGAUGUCAGGCCAGAGAGCAGGCACAGAACAAUUAUAAAAAUAGUGGAAAGAAGAGCCAGAUUCCAGUGCAGUUGGAUUUGGGGGGCAUGCUGGCGGCCCUGGAGAAGAAGCAGCACUCUCAGAGCGCAAAGCCGUCCUCCAGACCCGUGGUGUUCUCAGUCGGGGCAGUGCCGGUCCUCUCCAGAGACACCGCGUCGGGGAAGAAGGGCCGCCUGAGCCAGGUGAAGACGCCGCACAACCCCCUGGACUCCAGCGGCCCGCUGAUGAAGAAGGGGAAGCGGAGGGAGGGCCCCAAGGCCAAGAAGCCAACCUCGUUGAAGAAGAUUAUUUUGAAAGAACGGCAGGAGAGAAAGCAGCAGCGUCUCCAAGAAAACACUGGGAGCCCCGCUCCCGCCAGUGACGCCGCGCUGGGUGGCGAGAGCGGUGGUGACGAUGGGGCCGCGGAGCAGGCUGUCCCCUCAGAGGGGUCCGACGUGUCCUCGUCCUCUGCGCCCGCGCUGGAGGGCGCGUCGGAAGGGUUGCCGAGAGCUGAGCUCCAGAAGGAGGUGGGGGGCUGCCACCCGGUCCCCAGCGGCACAGGCGGCCCCAAGAUCCACAGCAGGAGGUUCCGGGAUUACUGCAGCCAGAUGCUGAGCAAGGAGGUGGACGCCUGCGUCUCGGAGCUGCUGAAGGAGCUGGUGCGCUUCCAGGACCGCACGUACCAGCGGGACCCGGUCAAGGCGAGGACCAAGCGGCGGCUGGUGCUGGGGCUGCGGGAGGUGCUCAAGCACCUGAGGCUCAGGAAGCUCAAGUGCGUCAUCAUCUCCCCCAACUGCGAGAAGACCCAGUCGAAAGGCGGGCUGGACGACACGCUGCACACCAUCAUCGACCACGCCUGUGAGCAGAGCGUCCCGUUCGUGUUCGCGCUCAACCGCAAAGCGCUGGGGCGCAGUCUGAACAAGGCCGUGCCCGUCAGCGCCGUGGGCAUCUUCAGCUACGACGGGGCGCAGGACCAGUUCCACAGGAUGGUGGAGCUGACGACGGCCGCCCGGCAGGCGUACAAGACCAUGCUGGAGAGCGUGAGCCACGAGCUGGCUGGGGAGCCCGGCCCCCCGGCUCCCGGCGGCUCGGCACAGGACAGCCCCGCGGCUCCCGUGGCCGGGAGAGAAGAGCCGCGCUACGUGGAAAUCUGGAGGCGACACCUGGAGGCGUACAGUCGCUGCGCGCUGGAGCUGGAGGCUUCAACCUCGCAGAUGCGGAACCUGAGUUUGUAGCGCGUUGUGUGUCGCGUGCGGUAAGGAAGGGGGGCCUGAGAGACUCGGGGGCCCCUCUCUUCUCAGGCCUCCGCGGACCUGCUGUGCUGUGUGGCUUUUGAGUCGGGAGGUGAAUCCAGGAGGCGUGUCCCGGGACCCCG